AUGCUGGCUCGCUCGACAGACGCCCUCACCGCUCUCCACGCCCCCAAUCACACGAUCGACGCACAAACACACAGACACCACCACACCGCACCGGAUGCCUAUUCCCUUGGCCGCCUGUUUAUUGGCCAAGCUGACAUCCGCCCAAAAGCCUCAAAUCACGACGCUAAUAGCCUGUCUUGCUUUUUUGAGCGCCUCCGACCCCCGUCUCCCCUAUUCGCGGUCAAAUGUCUCGCCUGCGUCCGUCCCUUUUUAAGCUUCUGUCGCCCUUUCCUGAGCGACAAUCCGAUACCAGGCGGAGGACGGACCUCAUAUUCCACAGACCCUGCUCAUUGA